GAGUUAACUCCUUCAUGGUGUACAUGGCCUACAAGGAUUUGUACCAGAUGUCGAACACCGAGCUGUAUGAGAUAUUCAGCUGCCUGGCAGAGUUGGGUGCCAUAGCUCAAGUCCACGCUGAAAACGGGGAUAUAAUUGCACAGGAACAAACCAGGAUGUUGGAGAUGGGAAUAACCGGCCCCGAGGGCCAUGUGCUGAGCAGACCUGAGGAGCUGGAAGCAGAAGCUGUGUUCCGGGCCAUCACUAUUGCCAGCCAGACCAACUGUCCUCUCUAUGUGACUAAAGUGAUGAGCAAAAGUGCUGCUGACCUCAUCUCGCAAGCCAGAAAAAAAGGCAAUGUGGUGUUUGGUGAGCCGAUCACGGCCAGCCUCGGGACCGAUGGGACGCACUACUGGAGCAAGAACUGGGCCAAGGCUGCAGCAUUUGUGGUCUCUCCCCCUCUGAGCCCAGACCCAACAACUCCUGACUACAUCAACUCCCUUCUGGCCAGUGGUGACCUGCAGGUUUCAGGAAGUGCCCACUGUACGUUCAGCACUGCACAGAAAGCAAUUGGAAAAGACAACUUCACCGCGAUCCCAGAAGGGACCAAUGGCAUAGAGGAACGAAUGUCUGUCAUCUGGGACAAGGCAGUGGCCACAGGGAAGAUGGAUGAAAACCAGUUUGUGGCUGUGACGAGCACUAACGCUGCAAAAAUCUUCAACCUGUACCCGCGGAAAGGGAGAAUAGCAGUGGGCUCAGACAGCGACCUGGUUAUAUGGGAUCCUGACGCAGUGAAGAUCGUCACAGCAAAAACCCAUCAAUCUGCAGCUGAAUACAACAUCUUUGAAGGGAUGGAGCUACGUGGGGCCCCGCUGGUUGUCAUAUGCCAGGGGAAGAUCAUGCUGGAGGAUGGCAACCUGCAUGUGACCCAGGGGACUGGACGCUUCCUGCCCUGCAGCCCUUUCCCUGACUAUGUCUACAAGCGCAUUAAAGCCAGGAGGAAGAUGGCGGAGAUGCAUGCCGUGCCCCGGGGCAUGUAUGAUGGACCCGUGUUUGACCUGACCACCACCCCCAAGGGGGGCACCCCUGCGGGGUCAACCAGGGGGUCCCCCACACGGCAGACCCCCCCUGUCAGGAACCUCCAUCAGUCUGGAUUCAGCCUGUCAGGUACCCAGAUUGACGAAGGUGUUCGCUCAGCAAGCAAGCGCAUCGUGGCGCCCCCGGGAGGCCGCUCCAACAUCACCUCCCUGAGUUAAAUCUCCCUGCUGAGAAGGAAAAUCCCUGUUCAAGCGAAGGAAGAAAAGUGGUACAUUGGUGUUUAAGAAGGAAAGGCAAACAAACCUGUUCUGAAGAAUCAAUAAGCCUCAAGCCUUAUGUUUCACAAUGCUACUUCCUACCUAGCUUUAAAGAUAUUGCUUCAUUUUGUUUUAUGCAUAGCCUUAAAAUUCUGUUGUUGUUGUUGUGGGUUCGGUCGGGUUGUGUUUUCACUCCUCCUUUCUGUAUGCAUGCCGCUCAGACAGGUCGCUCGGGUCAGUGUGGUGUUAGUGUUGAACGCGUGUGGGGUGCUGUGGUAUGGACAGUGGGAACAACGCGGCGCGGGUGAACUGGCCAGGCAGG